UUGCGUUUAAAAUGAUAAAUUUUUUAGGGUUUUUGGACAAUUUGAUCAAGAUAAAGGUGAUAUGAGUGAAUUCAAGUCGUUUCCCAACUCCCGACGUUGUUCUCUUUGCGAAAGUGGGUCGUAAUAGUGUAAAAAAAUUGGAGAUCCACAGCGCAAAUCCACUAGUAUGAAAUUCUAAAUCUGGGAUUUUAAGAAUUCUAAACGCUGUGCGAACCAAUCAAUUACAGAGAGAAGGCCGAAUUCCGGGUGUCUCGGAUGCCCAUCGGAAACCACAAGUGGCCGCAUAAGAUUACGAAUUUUACGAAUUUUUGGUGAACAAAUUAACGAUUCCCUUUGCAUAGAAUUUGCACGUGCCACGAUGACCUGGGAACACCUGGCACGGGGCAGCUCGCCCGUCGAUUGGUGUGAAGGAAACUAUCUCAUUUCUCCGGACAUUGCCGAAUUCGUGAAUACGAUUAGCAACAUUUUGUUCCUGCUUGGACCGCCAUUUCUGAUCUACCUGUUCAAGGAUUAUGGAAGAUUCAUUCAACCCGCCAUUCAUCUGAUCUGGGUCCUGCUGAUCGUAGUUGGCCUGUCGUCGGCCUACUUUCACGCUACGCUCAGCCUGCUAGGUCAGCUGCUCGAUGAGCUGACGAUACUUUGGGUGUUCAUGGCCACGCUCAGUCUCUUCUGCCCGCGCAGGCACUUUCCACGGAUUUUCAAAGGAUCAAGAAAACGCUUCUCCCUGUCGAUGACGCUGUUCUCGAUUGCGGCUACCGGCCUUUCGUUCUACCAUCCCGCUAUUAAUGCGUUCGCGUUGAUGUUCCUAGCCAUCCCAGCAACUUAUCUGCUGUACAAGGAAUUGAAAAUUGUCGAGGACCAGCGUGUGUAUCGGCUUGGGGUGCGAAACACGACCAUCCUAAUGAUUGCCAUCGUUUGCUGGAUUAACGAUCGCAUGUUUUGCGAUACCUGGUCAUCGAUGAACUUCCCUUACCUGCACGGCUUCUGGCACAUUCUCAUCUUUAUCUCGGCCUAUCCGGCUUGCGUGCUGUUUGCCUAUUUCUUCGUCAGCGACGAACGUCCCGAGAGUCGACCGACGCUCAAGUACUGGCCACGGAAUGACUUCGAACUGGGCAUACCGUACGUUUCGAUCAACUAUGGCAAGAAGUGUGAUGAUGAAAUCUAAAAUACCGUCACCGUCGAACAGUGUUCCCUCAUGGGCAGGUCCUUGUGGAUGGAGCCAACGCUGUAACAACGAUUCUCACGCGAUUCCAAAACGAAUAACAUAAAAGCACUGUGCUCGACUCUCUAUCAAUCUCCUCCAUUCUCUCAAGCUUUGUAGGAAUUGCUGUUUGUCUUAAAAGGUUGUGAAAUAGGAAACAUUAGUUGAUGUUUAAUUUUUAAAUGAAUUCCUAGGCCAAAAACAAUUUUGAACCAAAUAAUUGGGUAGGGAUUAAAGGGAAAGUACCAGCACGCAGAGGUACACAAAUCAGUUUUAGAACAGCAUACCGCG